UGGGAGGAUUGGAACCCACGACCUUGACAUUUGCUGCCCAUCGCUUAUACCAUUUGAGCUACAGCUCGUUGGUUACAUAAAUUGGUUUGGUACUUGAUUAAACGAUAAAUAGUCCUAAUUGAACUUCUAUUCCUAUUCCACAUCCUUAAGGAAAUAAAACUUCUUAAAUAGCAACAAAUUAAACCAGCAAACUUUCCCAAAAAAUAAUCACCUAGCCGACAAAUAUAUUUAUAUAUAGACUUGUAACAAGUCUGUAACUCGAAGUUGCCAAGAACGUAACAAUGUCAGAGUUAUCGUUUGAUAUUUUGUGCGACGUACUGAAGCUCUUACCUGUUAAGUCUCUGCUUCGUUUCAGGUGCUUAUCAAAAGAAUUAUGCUCUUUAAUUGACAGCCCGGAUUUCAUAAAUCUUCACCUCUCUCAAUCUAACCAUACAAACACCAAUCGUAGUCUCGUCGCCUUUCAACCACAUAUUUGGCCAAAUAUGAGUACCUAUAUGAUUGAUUUAGAUUUUCUAGACUACCAGCGAAUGGAAUGUGACCUUUUUUCUGAGAAUUCUAUUAUUACUUAUUACUAUGAUCACUCGAAAAAUUUAGCUAUAUUUGGUUCUUGCAACGGCUUAAUCGCAUUGUACCAUCCCAAUCAAGGCAUGUUACUGUGGAAUCCAUCGACCAAAAAGCAACGAAAGCUACCUGAUUUUUGGGUGGGUCAUGAAGUUUGUGACCCUGAUUAUAUUCUCGAUGGAUUCGGCUAUGAUUGUAUCAGUGAUGAUUACAAGGUCGUCAGGAUCAGGAUUGGACAUAAACGAUCCAGAGUUAUGGUUUAUAGCGUAAAACGUAAUUCUUGUAGAGUGAUCGAGGAGUUUCCUUAUAAUUUUAUCCAUUCUGGAAGUAAAAGAAGGUGCGGGACUCUUGUUGGUUCUUGUUUGCAUUGGAUUGUUUCGAAAUCAGGUUAUUCUGCUGAUCCGCGGAUCGUUGCUUUCAAUCUCGAAGACGAAAGAUACCAAACGGUGCCAAUUCCGGAUUUAAAGACAGCAUCCGGUGCCAAUUAUAUGCUUCAGCAAAUAGGAGUAGUAGGAGGAUGCCUUAGUAUGAGCAUGCACGCGGACGAGAAUGGCUUUUUAGAAGAGAUUUGGGUGAUGAAGGAAUACGGAAUUAGGGAAUCAUGUGCUAGAAUAUUUUCUGUAUUCAGACCGGAUUCGGGUUUUGAAAAUUAUAUGCGGCCAUUUGUUAAGUCGAUAGAGUAUUCAAAAUUUGGCGAUAAAGUUUCACUGAAUGUGCAUGGAUAUCGUUUUUGGGUUUAUGAGCUACAAGAUGAGGAGCAAACAUCUCAUUCUCAGGUAAAUCAGCCGCCGUAUGUGCCGGAAAAACGUCUCGAGAGACUUAAGAUUGAGACUUUAGAACUAACCACAAGCUGUGAUAAUUCAUUUAUAUGUGUUAGAAGCCUUGUUCCUGUCAAUUUUGAUGCCCAACAAUCAUGAUUUAAGACAGUUUUCCAUAUUUGUAUUUUGUUUCUAUUUUUUGUUUCUAUGGUUAUUAAAAUUUCUGUUUAGGCCAUGUUUUAUUUAGUUAAUUUGAUUAUGGUA